GGAACUGAACGAAUUACUGCUACCGUCUCAACCGGAGGAUGCAGGCCAGCAGUUUGCAAGGCACUUGUCAAAGCAGUCUGUUGCGACUGCUGCAUUCGUUGCACAGCCACAUGCUGGCGCAUUGUGUGAGGUGCAUCGAGCAAGAGAGAGAGGAUGAGAGAGUAGGUGCUCUUCCCCCCUGUGCCCUCCUGCUCCGACGUCAUGUGGCACUCUUAUUCUCACAUGUGAGACACUACUGGCAUCUGCCAAUCACGUCGCUGCAACCAAUCAUUCCCACAGUCUGCAUGAUAUCCUGUACAACUCGGUGGCUGGUGCUCUAUUGUCCAACAUGGCGCAUUCUCUGCUCCUGUUGCCAAGUGGCAUUGUGCAGCCGAAUGUGGCAGCCAUGCUCUCCCUGCUUCGACUCCUCCAGCAGCUCACAAAAACACCACACAUCGACAGUCGACUGUCUUCACAGGCCAACACACCAACAGCCGUGUCUCAGCAUUGGUGGCAUGGCUUGUUGACAUGGAGCGCGCCAUUGGUGUGCUGGUGGGCAAGGUCUGAGAGCACCAAUCACCAGUCAGCAGCUGCCGUCGCCGGCCAAUCACAAUCAAGCAAUGCUCUGGCUGGAGAGCCCCCUUUUCGCCUUCGGACAUGACUGCACGGAACAGACUA